GAGAGAUUGUUUUACAGGACUCUGGGCAGAGCUGGCGCAAGCGAGAGAACGGGAGAAUAGACGAGCGCAGUGCAGCCUUAAGAGUCUGGAGUAAGAAGAAGAAAAAGUAUCCAGAGAAGAAAGAGUCGCAAGAACAGAGGAAGAGCGCUGUAGCAGGGGAACAUAAUCAUACACAUUGCCAGGGCUCGCAAAGUCACUGCGGGUGGAAUCAUGGCCUCUUUGCUGCUUCGAUCUGUCUGUUUUCUCGGUAUCCUGUCUGCACUCAUACUUGCAGCUUACUCGCAAGAGUUUAACACAGUUUACAGGGUAUGUGCACGAGGCUUCUUCUUGAGUGAGCAGGAGACCUGUCUGCCCUGUAAUUGUAAAGGGCAUGCCGAUAGCUGCGAGGACAUCACUGGAAUAUGCAUUGAAUGUCAGGACCACACUGUUGGAGAUUUCUGUGAACAGUGUGAAAACAGCUUUUUACCUGCAUUUCUUCCUGAUGGCACCUUCGGUUGUAGACCGUGUGCCUGCCCACUCUCACUGGAGUCUAACAACUUUGCAGCCCACUGUGAUAAAAGGGGUGAUUUUCUGAGAUGUAUGUGCCAGGAAGGGUAUGUUGGACACUACUGUGAGAGAUGCGCUCCAGGUUACUAUGGCAACCCCAUGCAGUUGGGCGACUCCUGUAAAAAGUGUGAUUGUAAUGGUAACUCUGACCCCAACCUGAUCUUCAACGAGUGCAACAAUGUGACAGGCCAUUGUUUGAACUGCUGGGGUAACACCGCCGGGGACAACUGUGAGCGAUGUGCACAAGGUUUCUAUGGUGACGCCAUCAGUGCCAAAGACUGUCAGGAGUGUAUGUGUGAUAAGUGUGGUACUGCAUCAUGUGAUGACAGGACAGGUGUGUGUCACUGUAAGCCUGGGGUCACAGGUCAUCUGUGUGACAGGUGUGAGGAGGGUUACUCUGGAUUUGGCAGCUGUAUGGGAUGCCAUCGGUGUGAAUGUGCCCCUGCAGCUCUGCGUGCCACCUGCCACCCUCUUAAGCACAGUUGCCAGUGCCGCCCGGGGGCCGGAGGCCGGUAUUGUGAACGCUGCCUGCCAGGAUUCUGGGAUUACAGUCCAUCUGGCUGCCAGAAGUGUGAUUGUCCUGAGGAGAAUUGUGACAUGCACACAGGAGAGUGUCUGCCUGAGGCCUCACAAAUCAGCGAGUGCAAUAUCAACUGUGAUGCGUGUAUCUGGAAUCUGAUUGGAGACAUUCGUCAGUCCAACAAAACUCUGGACAGGGUCAGGAACAGCGUGCUGAACAUAUCUACAGGAGCUGCUGCCAAUGACCGAUUAAAAUACUACAACUACACAGCGCACAGACUACAGGCUCAGUUUGUAGGUUGGAGGAACAAGUCUGCAGUAUUGAGGUCUGAUACAGGACACCUGGAGGAACAAACCGCAGAGCUGCUUUCUGAAAUGGAUCUGCUUACAGGAGCGGAGGAAGCGGUGAAAUCAGUGGGAGAGCAGGUGGAUCAAGAGACCCUUGAAAGCUCCACACUAGCGAAGACACUUAGUGCUAACCUCUCAUUUCUCAAUGUUCUCAUAGAGGAUAUGAUCAGGGAUUGGGAGUUGUACAGUGUCCAUCAGGAUUUGGAUCUCGAGGUGAAGAGGCAGAAAAUGGCAGAGGCUGAACGGAUCUUGGGCUGGAUGAGAAAUCUGAACCUCUCACCCAAAGAACCACUUGCUACUGACGAGUCCUCCGAGGCCCAUGAAUUGCUACGGCGUGUGCGUCAGCUGGAGAAAACUCUGAUGACUAUGCAGGGGCGUCUGUCACCUGUGCGGGAGGUGCUGGGUCGAUUCACUUCCAGACUUUCUCAGGCUCAGGAUCUCCUCAACAAAGCUGAGGACUCAAUGCAGCAGACACACAGCAAAUACAAGACCAACCAGCUCAAACUUCUGAGGAGAGAGGCACAGCAGCAGCGUCUUAAAGAGACCUACGAAGCUGUCAAUCAAACCCUUGCUACUACUGAGGAAAUCAUCUCUGUGGCAAAUCUGACCGUCAUCGAGGUGGAAGAUAUGGUGAUGAAUGUGCGACAACAGCAUGCUGAAAUCGAUGGGGCCAGUGUGCUACUGGAAAGGAAGACAGAGAAGCUGUCUCUGUCAGACAAAGAUUUAGUGCUGAGAGCUGAAGACCAUGCUAAUGAACUGGAGAGACAUGCCGAAGAACUCCAGUAUAAUCUGAAAGGCAGUGACGCAAACGGACAUGUGCAGAAAGCCCUGAGUGCCUUGAACGUAUACGAUAAUAUCGUCAAAUACAUCGAUGACGCAAACAUCACUGGCCUGACCACUCUCAACAUCUCCAGCAGGACUAAUGACGCUAUUGAUGGAUUAAACUCUCAACUGAACAUCCUGAGUCCUCAGAGUGGCAAAGUGUUCAAAGAGGCAGCGUCCCUACGCUCUGAACAGAAAGAGGUUGAAUCCACUGUGCUCGACAACAAGAAAUACAUAGAGGAGACCAAUGAGAUGAUGGAGAGCUCUUCUAAAAAACUAGCUAAGAUCAUCAGUGACAUCAAUGCAAUUCAGAAAGAUCGGACACCGAAGCGUCUGCAGUUCACUCAGGAAGUGGCUGAGGGCACUAUGAACCGCUCGGCUGAAGUGUUGCAGAUGGUGACACCCAUUUUAAAGAGAGUAGAAGAGUGGAAGGACAACAUGAAGAAUGAGGCGUAUUCCCCUGCAGCAUUUGAACGCACUGUGCUGUCGGCUGGCGAGGCGGUGGAGGACCUUUCAGAGAUUGUGCCAGAGCUUCUCAAUAAGCUGCGUGUGGUCGAAGUGAAAAGACCUGUGAAUAAUGUCUCCACAAACAUCAUGAAAAUCCGAGAGCUAAUAGCUCAGGCACGCAGCGUCGCCAAGAAGGUGCAAGUGUCCAUGAAGUUUAAUGGCCAGUCUUCCGUGGAGGUUCAUCCACACUCCAACCUAGACGAGCUCAAAACUGUGACGUCUAUCAGUUUCUUCAUCAGAGUGGACCCAGACAAAGACCCCAUAGAAGACCGCUUCCUGCUCUACCUGGGAGACAAACAAGGACAAAAAGACUACAUGGGACUGGCCAUAAAGAAUGAUAACCUGGUGUAUGUGUACAAUCUGGGAGGAGAAGACGUAGAGAUUCCCCUCAGCUCAAAGCCGGUCAGCUCCUGGCCUCCUGUCUUCAACCUUGUUAAAGUGGAGAGGUUGGGUCGUCAUGGUAAAGUGUUCCUGACUGUUCCAAGUCAGGACACCACAGCAGAGCAAAAGUUUAUCCAGAAAGGAGAAGCAGAUGGAACUGACUCCCUGUUUGACCUUGACCCCAAAGACACUGUCUUCAUUGUGGGAGGAGUGCCAGCUGAUGUGAAGCUUCCUCCAGCUUUGAGCUUGGCUCCUUUUGUUGGUUGCAUAGAGUUAGAGACCUUGAACAGUGAUGUCAUCAGUUUGUACAACUUUAAAGAACUUCACAAAAUGGAUGUUGUGGCAACAGUGCCUUGUCCCAGGCAUAAGUUGGCUUUCUCUCAGAGUCGUGUGACAAGUUAUUUAUUUGAUGGCACUGGCUAUGCUUUAGUCAACAACAUUGAGAGAAGAGGCAAAAUUGGCAUUGUCACUCGGUUUGAUAUCGAAGUGCGAACUGUUGCAAACAACGGCAUUCUCUUCCUCAUGGUCAACGAGACAAAUUUCUUUGUGCUGGAGCUGAAAAAUGGGUUUCUACGUCUGAUGUAUGACUUUGGUUUCACCAAUGGCCCUGUCAUAAUGGAGGAGAACUUAGCCAAACUUCAGAUCAACGAUGCCAGAUAUCACGAGGUGUCUGUAAUAUAUCAUCACACUAAAAAGGUAAUUCUGCUAGUGGACAGAAGCCAUGUCAAGACCUUGGAAAAUGAGAAGAAACCAUUACCAUUCUCUGAUAUCUUUAUUGGAGGAGCUCCUUCUAGCAUUCUGCUUUCUAGGCCAGAGCUGUCAACCCUGGUGGGGUUGAAGGGUUGUGUGAAGGGAUUCCAAUUCCAGAAGAAGGACUUCAAUCUCCUGGAGGAGCCAGGAACCAUAGGAAUCAGCAGUGGAUGCCCAGAGGAAUCAUUUAUGUCCCGUAAGGUAUAUUUCACAGGUGAGGGCUACCUGGGCUCCACAGCUAAAAUUUCACCAUUCCAGACAUUUGAGGGUGGACUGAACUUCAAAACCCUACAGUCCAAUGGACUCCUAUUCUACCACAAAGAUGGGUCAGAUGAGUUUUCUCUCUCACUGGAGAAUGGUGCAGUGGUACUCCAGUCCAAAGGGACCAGAGUUAGAUCACAUAAGAAGAAUUACAAUGAUGGACGAUCUCAUUUCCUGGUUGCAACCGUGUCCAAUCAAAAGUAUGAACUUGUCAUUGAUGACAAAGACAAGCAGGAGAAGAAGAAGCCAGCCUCCACAUCUCAGUCAGAUAAUACUCUGAAGACCUUCUACUACGGAGGCUCUCCUUCAAGUUCUGUACAGAAUUUUUCUGGCUGCAUCAGUUACGCUUACAUUAGCAGGCAGGAUAGAGAUAUAGACCCAGAAGAUUUCCAGCGAUACACUGAGAAUGUGCAGGUGUCACUACAGGACUGCCCACUGGAGAGACCCCCAGCUUCUCUGCUCAAUAAAGAUAGCAGAGACUCCUCUAGACAAAGGCCAGGGCACUCCCGCAAGGUGGGCAGGAAUGAGCCCAGCCUACCACAUAUCUUGAAGAGCAAUCCUUUGGAUGAUCCAGAGACAGAGGGUGCUUCCUGUUACCUGUCCUCCCGCCCAAGAGUUACCCACAAUGCCCACCACUAUGGAGGCUUCGCCCACAGCCACCAUGAGUAUACAGGCGUUGCCAAUGCUAUCAGAGAUGAAUCUUACUUUUCUCUGUCUCUGAAGACAAGUUCAGCAUUUGGUCUUGUCUUCUACAUGGCUGACGAAUCUGAGCAGAACUUCAUGGCUCUGUUCCUCACUCAUGGCAGACUUGUGUUCACCUUUGGCUCAGGCCAAAACAGCGUCAGAAUUAGAACCAAAGAGAAAUACAGCGAUGGACAGUGGCAUUACUUUGUCCUUAUCAGAGAUGGGAAUAUGGGCAGACUGAUAAUUGAUGGUCUAACAGUAUUAGAGGACAAAGCUCCAGGUGGAAACAUCUCGCUGCUAGUCCAAGAUCCUCUCUAUGUAGGUGGGGUGCCACCUGAACGGGCUCAGAAAAACAUUCAGAAGACGUCUGUGUCAAGCUUCUCGGGCUGCUUGCGGACUCUCCAACUGAACAGACGCUGGUUUACCUCGGCCUCCCACAGUUUUGGGGUCACACCCUGCUACGAGGGCCCCUCCGAACCUGGGACAUACUUUACUGAGGAGGGAGGAUAUGUGCUCCUAGAUGACUCUUUUAAUUUUGGACAAAGAUUUGAGCUGGUGAUGGAGGUGCGCCCCCGUGUAGCAUCAGGAGUGCUACUGCAUAUAUUCAGUGGAGAGAAGGAAUAUCUUACCAUGUACAUCUAUCAAAGCCAGGUGUUUGUGGUGGUAAAUAAUGGUAUUCGUGAGUUCUCCACACACGUGUCUUCUAGACAGGGAAUCUGUGAUGGAAACUGGCACAAGAUUACAGUGAUUAGAAAUGGAAACGUGGUGCAGCUGGACGUGGACUCAGAGGGGAAUCAAGUUGUGGGGCCUGUUAAUCAAACAGCACAGAGCACCAGCCCUCCAGUGUUUAUUGGAGGAGCCCCAGACUCCAUGCUGCCUGAGAGUCUCCUCAGCAGGAGGGGCUACACAGGCUGCAUAAGGAACCUGUCUGUGAACGAAUCUCCUGUGAGCUUCAGUAAAGCGGCCUUGGUCAGCGGUGCAGUCGGUGUGGGCACCUGUCCUGCUGCCUGAGCGACUGCCACUCUGGGUCUCAACAGCAACAGAACUGAACCUCUGUUAAUGCUUAUGUACCAAUAAAGUAUAAAGCAGCGCUGAUGUCUCUAACAUGCCUCUUUAGCAUUAUUUAAGGCUAUUUUAUAUUUUACUAAUGUACUGCAAAUAAUGAGCACUGCAAUCUUUAUAUUAACUUGACACUAAAAGAUCUUAAAUUGAGGUCUUGUGUCAUCAAAACACUGAUACUUUUGCAAAAAUUGCAAAAUAAUUACAAAGCCAUAAAGUAAGAGAGUGAGAGAGAGAGAGAGAGAGAGAGAGAGAGAGAAAAAAAGAAUGUUUGGAAUGGAAUAUUAUCUUACUAUUCUUACUGAAUACUGCAUACUAUUUAAAAAAUAAAAAAAUAAAAAAAUAAAUAAGUGAAACAGUAGGUAUUAUGCUGCCUUCACGUGCUAUCGGAAUUAGCGUAAAUAUGAGUUUCCUUCUCGGAAGUUGCACAUGAACAACUAAUAUAAUUUUGAUACCCAGGGACUAAAAACUAAAUGUUUUUCAUUUUGGUUCGUUCUGAGCAAAAGCAGUAUUUUUUCGUUCCGGUUCGGAUGUUCCGCAGCCUACUUUCCAAAUGUUUACCGGUUAGAACAAAAUAAAAAAAUGGUUAAUAAUGUUCUUUUUAAAAUGACAGUACUCUUAGCUAAGGGUGGGUAAAAUACCAGUUGCAGUGUUGUCAGAUCUCGCAAGAAAUCAAGUAGUGUGGUCCGGAAAAACAAGCCCAAAAUAAGUCACUUGCCUCACCAAAAUAAGUGAAAAUAAGCCGUUAGAUUUUUUUUCCGUUGUGGUGAAUUUAUCAGCAUAGAAAUCAUAACAAGCAUACAGUUAAUUCAAGUUAAAUAUUUAUUGCAGAUCUAUGGUCUAAGUCAAAACCCGGCAGCAUCAAAUCUGUAUUAAUGUGUCAUAUCUAACAAUAAUUCAGUGAAGACUUGGAAACAACUGAGAAAUGUACUUUUUACUUCUAAAUGUUUUCCUUGUAUCUGGAAUAACCAUGCAUUUAGUAAUUAUACAUAGUUGUGAAAAAGGUCUUCAUUCACAGAAUGCUACAUCCACAGUGGUCAAAGAAAUGUGUGAUGCAGAAGUUUCCUUUAGAAUCAAAGCACAUGUUUUUUCAGGCAACAUGAAGUGGUGUAGUUCCAGAAUUUUACUGUGACAAACCCUUCGGACAUUGGUUUCAUGAAAAAGUUAUUGGAACAAAAUUAACUGGCAACCAGCAUUUAAAAAUAACAUUUUUACUCCGGAACAAUUGAAAAUGACCGUUUUUGGUUACGUUCUACAAAAAAACCUUUAAACCAUUUUUAGUCCCUGUUGAUACCUGAGUUUCCGAGUUGGGAGAUGUAAACUUUUAACAUGGUGGAGGAGAGUAUGGUUUCUGUUAAGAAUGAGAGGUUUUCAUUUUUCUAAAUACUUAGUGCUAAUUGUUAAUGCUUGCCGUUUCGGUCAUAUUCAUUUAUGUAUAUCAGCAACCAUUUUAAGCAUGUUUUACAUUUUUACACUGUGAAAAUAGCUUGUAUUUGAUCAAUAUCCCAUUAUCAUCAGCAAGCUAACUGAGCAAUAGGCCUAUGUAUUAUGGUGUCAAAAUAAAAGUACCUCAAGAAAUAUGUAUGACUGAACCUGGCAUCGUCCAUGUUUCCUGUUCUUUCUGACAACAAAGCAUUUGAACACAACAUAUUGGCAAUUACCACUUCAGAAGUUGGAAGUAGGAUAAUACCGAUAGCACAAGAAGGCAGCAUUAUUCUACAAUCAAAAUUUUAUAUAUCAAAAUUAAUAUACUGCAUUGUCACAUGACCUCAUAAUUUCCAAAUCCAGCUAUCAACUUGGAAAUAGUAACUAUUUGCAUUUUAAAUUCAUGAAAUUCUUUUAAAUGGUUAAAAUUGUCUCUGAUUCCUUUACAUUUGAUGUCAAAGGACAAGUUAAGCACAUUGCAUUGUACAUUUUGCAAAUGUAGGUUAUUGAGGUUCUGUAUCCAAACAGAAAAUGUGCUUAAUGUGCACAGUAUACAUACUAUAUACUGCAGAAUUAGUAAGAGCAGUAUUUUAGUAUUCUAUUCCCAACACAGCAACAGACUAUUUUGUCAUGAAUAUGUCUGACAUAUAUCAGGUAAAUGAAUUUAUUCACUCCUCACUGCUUUAUCUGACUUCUUGUUGAUUUUCUGCUUCAUUGUGUAUUUAAUAAAGCUGAUUUUAUUUCUAAUA